AUGACGGAACCCAAUAGUUAUGCUUCUGGAAGCGCGGUUCGUGUUAAGAAAACUAGGAAUAGAGUUCCUACAUCGUGUGAGAAUUGUCGAAGGAGAAAGCUCAAAUGUGAUAGGCGUAGACCGUGCAGCAAUUGUGUGAGAAGUCAGAACGAAAGCUUGUGUAAGUAUGCUGUUCAACCCUCCGAAGCAUCUCCAAAGACAAAGUUGACAAAUGAAAUUGUUCAUUUGAAGAUGAAGAUCAACAAGUUGGAACAUAUCCUUCAGAUGAACAAUAUUGACCCCGGUGAGUACAGUGAUUUGUCACUAAUGAUUGGAACCGAUAAGAGCAGCAGCGACAGCUCAUCACCCGAUGGCGAAGCAGAUCCAAUGGUUUCGUUGGCCAACAAAUUUGAUCAGCUUGUCAUCAAGGGAAAUCAUUUUUUGCACUCUGGAACUACCAGCUAUAUGACAUUUGUCGCUGGAGAUAAGACGCUAUCUCAGCUUUAUGAAAAGUACAUGGAGCACCAUCGACUUGCCUAUAAGGAAUAUUUGCGUCGGCUUCAAUUGAAGCCAUCAGACUUUCCUGGAAAUUGUGCUGAUAGUAGUUUGGCACUAUUAAGUGAUACGGCUUUUAGUGAGAUGAAUGCUUGUGGUAUGGAGUCUUUACAGUUACCUGGUGCUGAUAAAGCAUACAGUGUAAUGAAACCUUCUUUUAAUGCGGCAAAGGAUACUUUACGUAUUCUCAACAAAAUCAAUGGUGAAAUUCCACCCCUUUUUGCUGUUAAGGCAUUGAUUGACAACUUCUUCAACAGAGUUUACUACUUGCUCCCGUUUGUUGACGAGAACAAGUUUCGUGAUGAAUUGAGCCGUGUUUUGGUAGAGACUCCUAACGGUGGCUGUCGAUUGGUUCUCGUGCAUAUUGAUAAUACCUCUAUCAUCUCUCUUCUUCUUAUCCUCCUGCGUUUCUCCUAUUUGGCUGUCAACGUUGGUGAUUUGACAGAGAAUCCCAAGCUAAUCGAUAACGCAGAACUAAUUGCAAUGAUUAAAUCAAACAUUGAUAUCGGUCCUUCAUUUAUUGGAUUGGCCAAGGAUUUGCUUAUGUCUUUACCUUUGUCCGAAAACAUCUUUAAGAAGAUUACACCGAGAAACAUUCAGGUUCUUUUAUUUUUGAGGCUUUAUCAAAGUUAUUCUCCGGAAUUGAAUGAGGAAAACCAGGAGAAUGCUAUCAAUCUUGCUAUGAUCAUCGAAAUGGGCCGUGUUAUGGGUUCAAACAGAGAUCCAUCCAACUUCCCGAACGUUCUUCCUGAUGAAAGAAGCAAUAAUAUCUCCAGACGUAUCUACUAUGAACUUCUUUUAUUGGAUACAGUGAACUCAAUCGAGUAUGGAUGCCCAUUAAUUAUCCAAGACGACGAGAGUGCUGUGGAUUUACCGAAGUUGUCCGCUGAAGAUUCUCAAAUCUUGUAUAACUUCAAGAAGGGAAGACCUAUUGGUGUCAACGGUGGUAAGUUGAAGAGCGUUGUUGUGGAAAAAGCUGUGAAUACUGCAACCGCCCUGACUUAUGAGGCCACCAGGUUGAUGAGAGAAGGCAUCAAGGCAUUCCAGAACGUUGGAGAUGGUACCAAAAAGUCGAACUUGACGCACAUUGUUCGUAGAAUGGAAAAUUUCAUGUCCACUAAGCUUCCAUCUCUUACUGCUCUGGUUAGGAAUACGAAUUUUGAGGACUUCCAGGACAUGUGCACCAUGUAUCAGAUCUUUAAGAUUCCUAUGAUUCGAGUGUAUGAGCUACGACUCACAAUGCUUUCACUUCUUAAUUGUUUCUAUUAUCUUCUCUACAUGAACGAGGAUAAGGGAUUCAGCCGCGUCAAGACGGAUUAUGCUGUGAGGGCCACCGAAAUAUCAUUGUCUCUCUUCAAAAAUGCUUAUGACUACGUUACUUAUUACUCUGAAAGUGAAACCCUCAAUGGUACCUCUCCGUCCCAUAUUGAGCUUCGGAAAUUCAGUAUGAAACUGGAGACUUUUUUGGUACGUAUUACGGUGUUUUCUACCCUGAAAUCAAGUCUUUGGAUCUGUUCGUUGUUUCUAAAUUGCGUUCAGGAUGAAGGUCUUGAUUUUCUUAGUAUCUUGUCGAAAUUUGGAUCUUCCACCGAUACUUUGCUGGCAUUGGAUUGGUUCAAUGUUGAUCUUGCGGACGGUACUAACGAACAGUAUCUCUUCAUGCUUUUCCAUUACAUGAAACAGUUUUACUUCAAAUUGUUUUCUUUGAAGGACAAGUUCUUCUGUUGCUGGAGGUCUUCAAUGACAUUGAAGCUCUUCAUAAACUACUUUAAGGAUUCCAACGAAUCCCAGUUCAAGAAAUUUAUUGAUCCUAAUUUCAUGUUCAAUACCACGGCUUCUACAUACGAAGGCCUUGCACUACCUACUGGCAGCAGUAAUGAGACCAACAGUUUAAGUGAUACUGGCAAUGAUACAUCGAAUGCGUCCCUCGAAGACAUCGUUAACAACGAUUUAGGCGAGUUCUUGGAGGGUAGUAAGAAUGAUGUCAACGACAUUCUUUUUGACAGUAUGGAGGAUACUAUCAAUGCGAUUUUUGCGGACAACAAGGCUUAUAGGUCCUCGACAGAGAUGUUCAGCAUGUUUGGAAAUGAUCUUUCGCAAAUGGAGACAAUGUUUUAUGAUAGUAACAAAUCGGAACCCCCUACUCUGACUAGAAAUAAGACGAGUUCUACUGGGAAAAUGACGGAUCCUAGUACCUCUAGUCUAUACAGUACAAGAGAUGAGAGAAAGUCUACUACUACCACUAGCUCAAGAUCACCGUUUGAUACCGGCCACGGAACAGGCUCUGACAUAGACACCGCAGAAUCUUACAUAGACGAUGCGCCGUUGAUGAAGGACAAACAACUGAACUUGGCUGAUUUGUUGGAGAGAUUGAAACAGGAGCCGGGAUUUGAAAUUUAA